UUCUUCUUCUUCUUCUUCUUGUUUCUUUUUGUUUCUUUUUUGCUUGCCUUGCACUACGUGCCUGGAUAGUUUGUGGAUAUAAUUAUUGACUGGCGCCUGGGUUGUUGCAGUGCGGGGGGGUUAGGGAGGAAGGAAUCCACCCCCACCCCCCCAAACCCUUUUCUUCUCCUUCCCUGGGUUCGGACAUUGGAGCACUAAAUGAACUUGAAUUGUGUCUGUGGCGAGCAGGAUGGUCGCUGUUACUUUGUGAUGAGAUCGGGGAUGAAUUGCUCGCUUUAAAAAUGCUGCUUUGGAUUCUGUUGCUGGAGACGUCUCUUUGUUUUGCCGCUGGAAACGUUACAGGGGACGUUUGUAAAGAGAAGAUCUGUUCCUGCAAUGAGAUAGAAGGGGACCUGCACGUAGACUGUGAAAAAAAGGGCUUUACAAGUCUGCAGCGUUUCACCGCCCCGACUUCCCAGUUUUACCAUCUAUUUCUGCAUGGUAAUUCCCUCACUCGACUUUUCCCUAAUGAGUUUGCUAACUUUUAUAAUGCGGUUAGUUUGCACAUGGAAAACAAUGGCUUGCAUGAAAUCGUUCCUGGGGCUUUUCUGGGGCUGCAGCUGGUGAAAAGGCUGCACAUCAACAACAACAAGAUCAAAUCUUUUCGAAAGCAGACUUUUCUGGGUCUGGACGAUCUGGAAUACCUCCAGGCCGAUUUUAAUUUAUUACGGGAUAUAGACCCGGGGGCCUUCCAGGACUUGAACAAGCUGGAGGUACUCAUUUUAAAUGACAAUCUCAUCAGCACCCUACCUGCCAACGUGUUCCAGUAUGUGCCCAUCACCCACCUCGACCUCCGGGGAAACAGGCUGAAAACGCUGCCCUAUGAGGAGGUCUUGGAGCAAAUCCCUGGCAUUGCUGAGAUCCUGCUAGAGGAUAACCCGUGGGACUGCACCUGUGAUCUCCUCUCCCUGAAAGAAUGGCUGGAAAACAUUCCCAAAAAUGCUCUGAUCGGCCGAGUUGUCUGUGAAGCCCCCACAAGACUGCAGGGGAAAGACCUCAAUGAAACCACAGAACAGGACUUGUGUCCUUUGAAAAACAGAGUGGAUUCCAGUCUCCCGGCGCCCCCUGCCCAAGAAGAGACCUUCGCUCCUGGCCCCCUGCCAACUCCUUUCAAGACAAAUGGGCAAGAGGAUCAUGCCACCCCAGGGUCUGCUCCAAACGGAGGUACAAAGAUCCCAGGCAACUGGCAGAUCAAAAUAAGACCCACUGCUGCGAUAGCGACCGGCGGCGCCAGAAACAAGCCCCAAACCAAUGGCUUGCCUUGCCCUGGGGGCUGCAGCUGCGACCACAUCCCAGGGUCGGGUUUAAAGAUGAACUGCAACAACCGGAACGUGAGCAGCUUGGCUGAUUUGAAGCCCAAGCUUUCCAAUGUGCAGGAGCUUUUCCUUCGAGAUAACAAGAUACAUAGCAUCCGAAAAUCGCACUUUGUGGAUUACAAGAAUCUCAUUCUGUUAGACCUCGGCAACAACAACAUUGCCACCGUAGAGAACAACACUUUUAAGAACCUUUUGGACCUCAGGUGGCUGUAUAUGGAUAGCAAUUACCUGGACACGCUGUCCCGGGAGAAAUUCGCCGGGCUGCAAAACCUCGAGUACCUGAACGUGGAGUACAAUGCAAUCCAGCUCAUCCUUCCUGGCACCUUCAAUGCCAUGCCCAAACUAAGGAUCCUCAUUCUCAACAACAACUUGCUGAGGUCCCUACCCGUGGACGUGUUCGCUGGGGUCUCGCUCUCUAAGCUCAGUCUGCACAACAAUUAUUUCAUGUACCUUCCAGUGGCAGGGGUACUGGACCAGUUAACCUCCAUCAUCCAGAUAGACCUGCACGGAAACCCUUGGGAGUGCUCCUGCACCAUUGUGCCUUUUAAGCAAUGGGCAGAACGCCUGGGUUCCGAAGUGCUGAUGAGCGACCUCAAGUGUGAGACGCCGGUGAACUUCUUUAGGAAGGAUUUCAUGCUCCUCUCCAAUGACGAGAUCUGCCCCCAGCUGUACGCGAGGAUCUCGCCCACGCUAACUUCGCACAGUAAAAACAGCACUGGGUUGGCGGAGACCGGGACGCACUCCAACUCCUAUCUAGACACCAGCAGGGUGUCCAUCUCGGUGUUGGUCCCGGGACUGCUGCUGGUGUUUGUCACCUCCGCCUUCACUGUAGUGGGCAUGCUCGUGUUUAUCCUGAGGAAUAGAAAACGAUCUAAGAGAAGGGACGCCAACUCCUCGGCGUCCGAAAUUAAUUCCCUACAGACAGUCUGUGACUCUUCCUACUGGCACAAUGGGCCUUACAACGCAGAUGGGGCCCACAGAGUAUAUGACUGUGGCUCCCACUCACUCUCAGACUAAGACCCCAACCCGGGUAGAGCAGGGGAGCGGGAAGGCGAUGCGCCCCCUCC